AAAAUCAGCCGGCAGUAACAGCGCUUUGCACUUGCCCUCAUAGCAGAAGUGCAUGCAACACGCUUUAACAAAUCUGUCAAAAUGCGAAAACGCAAUAUUGUCAUGAAACAGGUACUGUGUGUCUUCUCCCUUGUUCUUGGAGCCAACGUUGGUCUGGGAUAUGUUUAUAGUCGCCAGCGACGAUCGGGGGAAUGGGAUGAGGGACCACCAGACCCCGAAUCUACUCUUUCAGAUUCCCCGUGGGUAAGCACCUCGGGAUCAUGCAAAGGAAGAUGCUUUGAACUACAAGAAGCUGAACCUCCUGGCUGCCGCUGUGACAACUUAUGCAAAACCUACAACAGCUGUUGCACUGAUUUCGAUGAUCUUUGCUUAAGGACAGCUCAAGGCUUUGAAUGCAGUAAAGAGCGCUGUGGAGAGACGCGCAAUGAAGAAAACGCCUGUCAUUGCUCUGAGGACUGCCUGGCCAAAGGCGACUGCUGCACCAACUACAAAGCACUUUGCAAAGGGGAAACUCCAUGGGUGCAGGAUGAAUGCGAGGAGAUCAAAACCCCAGAAUGUCCUGCCGGUAUAGGAGUUGAAUUGUUGUUAUACUUAAUGAAACAAUAUGUCAUGUGUAAUUUCAGGCCAUAUGUCUAUGCUUUCCACUCUGAGCAACCAGAUAUCUUUGGCCACAGACUCGGACCUUUAAGCAGUGAGUUGAAUAACCCUCUGAAAGAGAUUGACAGAGUUGUUGGGCAGCUGAUGGACGGCUUGAAGCAGAUGAAACUGCACCGCUGUGUCAAUGUUAUCCUCGUUGGAGAUCACGGAAUGGAAGAAGCCAAUUGCGACAGAACUGAAUUCUUAAGUUCUUACCUCCCUAAUGUGGAUGAUAUUAUUUUGAUACCAGGAUCUUUAGGCAGAAUUCGCUCAAGAUCACCCAACAAUUCCAAAUAUGACCCUAAAGCAAUUGUAGCUAAUCUAACGUGUAAGAAAGCAGACCAGCACUUUAAGCCUUACCUGAAGCAGCACCUCCCUAAGCGCUUACACUACGCCAAUAAUCGAAGAAUUGAAGACAUCCAUUUGCUUGUGGAAAGGAAGUGGCAUGUUGCAAGGAAACCUGCUGAAGGAAAGAAGCACCCUGGGAAAUGUGCUUUCUAUGGAGACCAUGGCUAUGACAACAAGAUCAACAGCAUGCAGACCAUCUUUUUGGCCUAUGGACCUACAUUUAAAUACAAGACAAAGGUUCCACCAUUUGAAAACAUUGAACUCUACAAUGUCAUGUGUGACCUUCUGGGUUUGAAGCCUGCUCCCAACAAUGGGACCCAUGGGAGUCUGAACCAUCUCUUGAAAAAUCCCCCAUUUAAACCCACCAUGCCAGAAGAAGUAGCCAAGCCUUCACAUCUGACGCCUGCUUCCUCAGUAACGGAUGACUUGGGGUGCACUUGUGAUCUGAAGAACAAAGGAGAUGAACUGAACCAACGCCUGCUAAGCAAAGGAUCAGACGAUGGCAAACAUCUCCUAUAUGGUCGACCUGCUGUGCUUUUCCGUACAAAAUACAGCAUUCUUCACCACAGCGACUAUGUCAGCGGUUAUAAUGAAGCCUUAUCCAUGGCUCUGUGGGCAUCAUACACAGUCCCUAAGCAGACGGAUGCAUUACAGUUUCCGGAGUCGCUGUGCAGCGACGUGAGGCCUGAUAUUCGCAUCCCGGCAGCCAACAGUCAGUCCUGCUCUGGAUACAAGGCGGAUAAACAGAUAUCCUAUGGAUUCCUCUUCCCUCCACAACUGGCUUCCUCACCUGAAGCAAGAUAUGAUGCACUCCUCAUUACAAAUACUGUUCCAAUGUACCCUGCCUUUAAAAAGAUCUGGAACCACUUCCAGAAGACGCUUGUGAAACGCUACGCAAGCGAGAGAAAUGGAGUGAAUGUCAUAAGUGGCCCAAUCUUUGACUAUGACUACGAUGGCCUCCGUGACGCAGCAGAAAAGCUGAAGCAGUAUGUGAGUGGAGCAAUGGCCAUUCCUACUCACUUUUACAGUAUCAUUACCAGCUGUCUGGACUACACCCAGGCAGUGGAUAAGUGUGAUGGCCCUCUCAGCGUCUUCUCCUUCAUUUUUCCACACAGACCUGAUAACGAUGAAAGCUGUAACAGCUCUGAAGACGAAUCAAAGUGGGUUGAAGAUCUCAUGAAGAUGCACACUGCACGUGUGAGAGAUAUCGAAAUUCUGACAGGGCUGGACUUUUAUCGCAAGACUAGCAGAAGUUACAUAGAAAUUCUUUCCUUAAAAACUUACUUACAUACAUACGAGAGUGAGAUAUAAAGAGAGAGAGAGAGAGAUCUGGCUGGUACAUCUUUAAUGCACAGGUGUAUAUUUUUAUACUGUUUCAUAUUUAUUAUUCCUGAAAGUUUUUAAUGGCUGUUAGUACCCUAAUCUUACGUAACAAAUCAGCUUUGUUCUUAAGUAAAAAGCAUGGAUGGAUCGUUUAUUUUGAAUUAUUGUUUGUGAUUUUCAGUUAGAUUACAGUGUGUUUUGUGUAAAAUGUCUGAACAUUGGCUUUUUUAGCCCAAAUGUUUUGAGCGGUGCUACAGGAGUGGGAGUUUAUAAUCCUGCAACUCUGAAUCCUGUACUGUAUACUAAAAUGAACUUGUAAUAUUACGUCUAUAUAUGUACUACUAACCGUGUGAUUGACAUAUUUAUUCCUUAUAGACCAAUGAAAUCGCAGCAUAAUAAACAGUGUUUUUACUUAAUAA